GUCGAAGCCGGAGUCGGGUGUUUUGAGUAGCGGCUCCACAGCCCUGAUUGGAAUUGCAUGUUACGUGUUCAUACAGAAUGGUUCAGCGCACGACCUUCGAAAGAUCACCAGGACCAGUUGAACAUAUCCUGGGGCUAACUCCACUGAACAAGUAUAAGCCGUAUAUCUUCGUAUUUCCCAGGAAACGCCUCCCGAUCACUACCGUCUGUACAUUUAAAGAUACAAAUUGGGUUUACCCUCUGGUUGAAGUGAGGGUGGCUGGAAGUGACCAACCUCUGACGAAGUUCUGCAGCUGGAGCUCAGUUAUUGUAUUCCACUGGAUUUGGUGUUAUCCCCGAGACCGUAACAAUUUCAGGAAGAGAUCGUGUUCACCGGAAUUUAGGGAAAAAAUCAAAACACAAGCAGCACUGUUGACAAACUAUGGAUGUCUAAUAAAAUGUGGUGCGUACAUAGUAAAAUAAAACACA